AUGGUUAAUACGUCGGCAUCCAUCCUCAUUCUGGCCAGACUGGCAAUUGUCUCGGCGAUUCCAGUUUCUAGCAACGCCAGCGUCAGCCAUGGUAACAGCAUUGCUAGUGGGAACAGUGGAUGCUACCCAUUUCAGUUUUACACGCACCAAUGCCACGACCUCUCCGGCUCGGAACUGUUGGGCUUCGGUCAACUCGGCCAACGUCUAGCCGGAGACGUAUGGCUACAAGUGGACCGGAAAUGCAGCAAGCUGUUCCCCGAUGUUCGCGAAGAACAACGAGGAGCACGGGGUGCCAAUCAGGAGUAUACCGAUGGUGCAGAGGGAAAUGAGGGCAAUGAGCCACAUCUCAAGGGAAAGGGACAAGGCUCUAGUUCAUUCGAUGAUGACAAGCCUCGAGGCAUGGGCUCCGCGGGCGGUCCAACAACCAUGUCGUUCAAGCAGGAGGGUCUUUCGAAUUCGAACACUAUGAAUCCAUAUAUCAACGAGCCCGGAAAAAGCAAAAAAGGGGAGGGUGAGACUGAGACUGUGAAGGUAAAGGGUACUGUGAGGACCGACAGACCCCAGGUGUGA